GAUAUCAAGUUUAACAUGAAGUGUUUUAUAUUGGCCGCUCUAAUGCUGGCAUCUCUAUGCUCAGCUGAAAAUAUUUUCAAAAUCAACAUUACUCCGGAAGAGGCACAACAAUUUCUGCAAAGCGCCCAAUUGCGUGGCAUCAACGACAUUGAAUAUGCACCCAAGACUGGAGAGAAUCCCCUGCCCGAGGCACGUAAUGAGCGUGGUGAAUUCGUGUACAUGGGUCGUGUGAUAGAACAUCCGGAGGAUUAUGUCGAGGAACAUUAUGAUGCCCAUCAGUAUCAUGGUCAAGAUGGUUUGGGACAAUUCGCCUAUGGCUAUAGAGACUGGAACCAGGGCAAGAACGAGAAACGUGAUGAGACCGGCAAGGUGACGGGCUCUUAUAAAUAUGUUCAGCCACAUGGUCGUGAUUUUGUGGCCACCUAUUAUGCUGAUAAAACUGGUUUCCAUGUCGAGGACAAUCGUCCGGCCCAUUUGAAAUUGCCAGCCACCAAAACUCCGGCUGUCCUCAAGGCCGAGGAAGAACAUUUCAAAUUGUGGGGUGAAUUGGCUGCCGCUGCUGGUCACAAUCCUGAUCCUUAUGCUGCCGAAUAUCAGACAGGUGAGGGUGCCUAUCAGCCCAGUGAGGCCGAGACUCGUGAAUAUGUUCAUGAGGAGCAACCCUAUGUCCCCGGACCCGAGGAGACUGGUGAGCCCAAGGGCUUCUUCUAUGCCUUUGACUAUAAUGUUCCAUUGUUGCGCAACAAGGAGGAGCGCGCCGAAUUGGAGCGUCUUAGGGCCAUCAACAACAAAGAGGAAUAGAGUCUGAGUUCACAAAAUACAGAUUCUUGUACAUACUUCUACCAUAUAUAGCCUACCAUUCGCAUCUGAAAAUAUUUAUUUAAACUUCAAAACCUAAAUAAAUCUUAGCCACACACAAUCGAUAA